AUGCCUCGCCCGGGAAAGAACUCGUACAGCGACCAGAAACCUCCGUACUCCUACAUUUCUCUGACGGCGAUGGCUAUCCAGAACUCCGUGGAGAAGAUGCUCCCCCUAAGUGACAUUUACAAGUUCAUAAUGGACCGCUUCCCUUACUACCGGGAGAACACGCAAAGAUGGCAGAACUCCCUGCGCCACAACUUGUCGUUUAACGACUGCUUCAUCAAGAUCCCGCGUCGACCGGACCAACCGGGUAAAGGCAGCUUCUGGGCCCUUCAUCCGGACUGCGGGGACAUGUUCGAGAAUGGAAGUUUUCUCCGGAGGCGCAAGCGCUUCAAGCUUCUGCGCUCUGAGCACAUGACCUGCAAGAGCUCCCCAAUGAUGCACUACUUUCACCACCAGAGCAAGCUGGGCAGCGGGCAUCACGAGCACCCAGUUGGCCCUGGGGCUGGUGUGGGGAGGCUCCCCCACUUCCAGAGUUACGGCAGCAUCAAUUGCGGCCAGCCCGGUGGGUUUAAGCACCCAUUCGCCAUUGAGAACAUCAUAGGCCGGGACUACAAGGGGGUGAUGACCGGCGGACUGCCCAUUACCUCGGUCAUGCACCACUUGGGCUACCCGGUGCCCGCGCAGCUCAGCAGCGUGGUCAACUCCAUGUGGCCACACGUCGGUAUGCUGUCGGAUUCCAUGAGCCCCGUGCCCGUUUCCACCGAGUACGCGCCCUUUGGCGUGUCCAUGAAGGGUCUGUAUCAUCACGCCACCGGACAGACCAUGCCCGCCAUGCCCGUUCCCAUCAAACCCACACCGUCUAUGGCUCCAAUGCCCGGUCUGUCAGGCCUCUCGUCCGGCCCGGCGCAACUCUGUUCUCCGCAAUCGAUGCUGGAGAAAGGCGGCUCGGACCAUCUGGAGGGCAAAGGCAACGCCAUCCACCAGUCUCUCCUACUAUCUUAG